CCUAUUAAUUUCCAUAGAUGGUAUUUGAUGGAGGGAUGUACGCCCCGUGUGCGUAGCUGCAGGUCAACCAGCGCAUCCGAGACCUCUCGUUUCGCUUUGAUCGUCCAGAUGAAGAAUCGCAUAUACGCCUUGUCGUUACUCUUCGCAUCGUUCAGUCACGCUGAGACUCAAUGCUAUUAUCCCGACGGCAGUACCAUUCAAGACACACCAUGCACUUCGGCGCCAGACUCUACCUGCUGCGGCCUCGGCUACGCAUGCUUGUCUAACAACCUUUGCGCUCUCACAGAACAUGUGCCCGGCAAUAACGAGGCAAGGAGACACAAGUACAUCCAAGCAAGUUGCACCGACAAAACCUUCGCCAGCCCAAACUGCCCUAGAUUUUGUUUAGGCCCAAAUAAUGACGGCUCUGGGAUUCGCGGCCUGGGUGUGACUAAAUGCGGGAUGGGGGAUACGACGGAUCAUUAUUACUGUUCGACGGAAGCGACUGAAAAUGUCACGAAUACGGAAUUGUGCCGAAACUCUGAAUACUAUUUCGAGUCCUCUGCAUCCCCUUCAACAAUUACGAUCAUUGGCACCAUUCCAACGCCUACUCUGGUGGCUUCAAAAAGUACAUCGUCAUCUUCAAUAACAACACCGGCAAUCUCAUCACCAGACUCUCCAAAAUCUAUCGAAUCGAAGGAACCAUCCGAUGGAAUCGGGCAAACACCUCACUCAGUUUCAUCAGCCGAACUACAUAACCUGGGUCUAGGAUUGGGGCUUGGACUGGGUAUACCUCUCCUCCUCGCUAUUGCCAUCGCCAUAUUUUUCUAUCAACGACAGCGGCAGCGGCAGCUACAGCGGCGGCAUGAGCUUUCAUCAGAAUAUACCGGGACACAUCACAAUAUUGAUAACAUCGAUAGUAAAAGAUCGUAUUCUCUGAAUAAAGAUGCGAGCUUUUCAGAGUUGAGUGCUGCUGCUUGUCCUCAAGAAGUCGAUGGGAACGCGUGUUACGAAUUAUGGGCACCGAAGCAGGAAAUUGAUCACCCCCACCAGCAUGAGUAUCCCUCUCAAUAG